UUUAAAAAGUCAGUGACAGAAACGAGGAACGAGAAACACGAGUAAGAAAACUAGAUACGGAUUACCGCAUAAAGGAAAAGUACUAAUGAGAUAGAUAGAUCAUAGAAUUGAAGCGUUAUGUUACCCAAAAUGUCAACCAUGUCUAUGUCCAUGUCCAUGUCCAUUUCCUUCCAAUCCGACAUGCUCUCUGCUAUCUGCAAAGGCUCUUCAACCUUCUGCUCCCUCCCACGCGCCACCGCACCGUUCCGCCUCAGGGCUUUCUCCACUGCCGUCGCCGACAAGCCCUCCGUUUGCACCGCCGACGAACUCCACUAUGUGUCCCUCUCCAAUUCCGAUUGGAAACUCGCUCUCUGGCGCUACAACCCUUCGCCUCUCGCACCUCCGAGGAAUCAUCCUCUGUUGCUAUUAUCUGGAGUGGGAACUAACGCCAUUGGAUAUGACCUUUCCCCUGAGUCAUCAUUUGCACGUUACAUGUCUAGUCAGGGGUUUGAAACUUGGAUUCUUGAAGUACGAGGAGCUGGGUUGAGUGUUCAGGGUUCAAAUUCCAAAGAUAUUGAACAGUCUGCCAAUGCAAUGUCUGAGAAGAUGGAAGCUGCUUCAGAAAGUGCUACUGCUACCAAUGGAGCUGUGGCUUCAAACAAAGAAUUGAAUAACAUCUAUUGUGCGGUAUCUGAACCUGAGAUUUCUACCCCAAAUGGAGUAGAAACUGAGAAUGUGGCAAUCAAAGGUGAUCUAACUAGGUUAGGUACUGUUUGGGAUGAAUCAAAGUUGGUGGCAAGAUUGACCGAGACUUUAAUGUUUUUGUCAGAAAGAGUCUCUGGGUUUCUGAGCGAAAGUCAAUCAAGGGUGAUGUUUGCCAAAUUUCUAGAUCAGAUUUCAAAACUUUUGGUGGAUUCUCCAUUAUAUGAACAAUACAACGAGGUAAGGGAAAAGCUUUCGACUUUGUUUGAAACAAAGCAAAAUGCUGGUAUUACUAGUCAAAUAACUGAUCUGAGUCAAAAACUAGUAAAUAUUAUUGAGGAAGGUCAGCUAUCUGUUUCUCCUCAAUUAUUUGAUCUACAAGCCCGCUUUACUUCUACAAUCGAAGAUUUUCAGAAGCAACUUGACUUGAUGGUGAAGUAUGAUUGGGACUUCGAUCAUUACAUGGAAGAAGAUGUUCCAGCAGCGAUAGAAUACAUAAUGAAACAAAGCAUGCCUAAAGAUGGAAAAUUACUUGCAAUUGGACACUCCAUGGGUGGUAUCCUGCUUUACUCCAUGCUAUCACGGUUUGGUUUUGAAGGAAAAGAUUCCAACUUGGCUGCAGUAGUUACACUGGCAUCGUCUCUGGACUACACAUCAUCCAAAUCAACUCUGAAGUUACUCUUACCACUAGCAGAUCCUGCACAGGCUCUGAAUGUCCCUGUUGUUCCUUUAGGGGCAAUGUUAGCAGCAGCUUAUCCUCUUUCAUCUCGUCCACCAUAUGUAUUCUCAUGGUUAAAUACUUUGAUUUCAGCUGAGGACAUGAUGGAUCCAGAUUUAUUAAAAAGACUUGUUUUGAAUAACUUCUGCACCAUACCCGCAAAACUUGUCUUGCAGCUCACUACAGCAUUUCGAGAGCGUGGUUUAUGUAACAGGAAUGGGACCUUUUUUUACAAGGACCAUCUACACAAAAACAAUAUCCCUAUCUUAGCUAUUGCUGGAGACCAGGAUCUGAUUUGCCCACCAGAAGCUGUGGAAGAAACCGUUAAGCUAAUUCCUGAGCACCUGGUUACCUAUAAAGUUUUUGGAGAACCUGAAGGCUCACAUUAUGCUCAUUAUGAUUUGGUUGGAGGAAGGCUGGCGGUGGAGCAGGUGUAUCCAUGUAUAAUUGAAUUUCUUAGCUGUCACGACAAGUGAUGUACAUCGUCAAUUUUCAUCAAAUACAUACUUCUUGGAUCAUGCUUGAUAACUGCAUUCCAAACAGGUACAUUAAAUUAUGAAGAAAAGUUGAAAGAAUUAAUCAGACAUUUUGUGCAUUGGGGUUCCGCAUUUUUGUUUCCUAACCAUAGCAGCAAAAGGCAGGACUCUGAAAUACGAUCGAGGAUAUAGAAAUAGGAAUUAUGAGGAGUCUAAUUGUUUUUUGCAGCAGUGCCUCUGAAUUUCUGUAAAAUAUAUGUACAGAAUUUCCUACUCGAUACUUUUCAUCAUGACUAUAACCUGCCUGAGUUUCUUAAAUGUGUUUUCACCAAGUGGGGUUUGUGUACACGGAUACUUCAAAAAAUUGGAGACAUAUUUGUAUCAUAUCGAUUUAGGAUAUUAGAGGUGUUCGCACCUGGUUUUGGUUUUGGUUUGGUUCGGUUCUUUAAAAAAAUCGUCCAAAGUUAAACAUAUUACUAAUAAAAGUAAUAUGUGGUUCAAUUUCAUUU